UUGUCGUUUAUUUGUCGAAAGAAGAAUAUCCCCGUGGUAAACGUUACGGGGCAACGUUUACCGUUAAUUUUCCUCGCUCCACUCGUCGCUGAAAAUUCAAACGGGCUGCAUUGUCGCUCAGCGUAGCGUGAGAUGCAGGAAUCAAUAAUUAUCGCGUGGCCACCGGCCACGCAUUCUCACGGAUCAGCGAGCGCGCGGCACGGCUCGGCGCGACGAGCCGUCUAUAGAUUAUAAAACCGGAGCGUCUCCGACGCUGCUCCGGUUGUCCGGGUGUCUCUCAACGACGCCGACAGACCGCGCCUGUUGUACGCAUCUGGCCAGUACGACGCGCGUCGUUCUCGUUGUGUACGAGGCAACGCCGAGGUCCACGCGUGGGAAGCGCUCGGCUCCGCGAUUAGUCACGAUUUCUCUCUUUCUCUCUCUGAAGGGAGAGAUCGUCCGUCGAGGAACGUUUGUCUCUCCUAAAGGCGGGAAUGCGUGCAACUGCAACUCGCGUCUCGACGAGCAACGCCGAACGUAUCUCUCCGCACGUUGCUCCUCAAUAAUCUUUCUCCGUCUCUCUCUUUCUCUUUCCCUCUUUUUCUCUACCCCCUCCCCCCCCUCUCUCUCUCACUAUCGCUGAGAUCGUGCGUCUCUCGAACGAUGAACGUAACAGUAUCAGUGCGAUAGGUUUGACGGCGAUUCGAUCCUCGGAGAACAACGUGCGAAUUUUCCCGACGUCAUGACGCGUCUGCGGGGCCGUGCGUCGCUGAUGGUCGUCGCGACGAUCAGCUUCAUCCUGCUGGUUGUCAUAUAUCACAUCCUGAGCAACGAGAUCGACGAGAUGUCAUCGGCCAAGAUCGGCGCACGUCUGAGAGCCGAGGAGGUGUAUUCACCAGACGGCACUCCGCUGUUCAAGGGCCAUAAGAUCGUCCAUCUAGAUCUGAAAGGCGCCCCGCCGAAGCUGAGCUAUUAUAACUACCUGUUUCCUCUGCUGCACAAGCUGGGGGCCACCGGCGUGCUCGUGGAGUACGAGGACAUGUUCCCCUUCGCCGACAGUAUUGAGAACAUACACGCCGGCAACUCCUACUCCAGGAAGGACAUUGUGCAGAUUCAAACCAUAGCCAGGAACAAUCAGUUGAUCAUCAUACCGUUGAUACAAACUUUCGGUCACAUGGAGUUUGUUCUCAAAUUGGACAAGUACAAAGACUUCAGAGAAGUUCCACAUUACCCGCAAGUCUUGUGCCCUACGUAUAAUAAUACACUACCGUUAAUUUAUGAGAUGAUAAACCAAGUCGUAUCCGCGCAUCCCAUGUCAAAAUAUUUGCACAUAGGUGCGGACGAGGUUUAUCAGAUAGGAGAAUGUUCCAGAUGUUUGGACGUUAUGGCUAAGAAGCAGUGGAGCAAACGACAGUUGUUCCUGGAUCACGUCUCCUCGGUGGUCAAGUAUAUCAAGGAGAGAUAUCCAGAACUAACUGUACUUAUGUGGGACGAUGAGUUCCGUGAUAUAUCGUCGCAGGAGAUCAUCGACAGGGGCCUGCACACGAUGGUAGAGCCAGUUAUUUGGAAGUACACCACCGAUCCUGGCAUGACGCUCACGGAUCAGCUGUGGGAAAGUUACGCCGCAGUGUGGAAGGAAGUCUGGGUCGCGACGGCGUUCAAAGGCGCCACCUCGCCAGACAGAUACUACACAGACAUUUCGUAUCACAUGGAGAACCAUCAACGUUGGUUAGAAAUCAUUCAGAGAUACUCGAAUCAAAUCACUUUUAAGGGCGUCAUGUUGACAGGAUGGCAGAGAUACGAUCACUUCAGUGUACUUUGCGAAUUACUGCCGAUGGGACUGCCGUCUCUCGCUAUUAAUUUAGCUAUACUGCAAGCUUCGGAUUUGAACAGCUUUCCUGUAGAAUUGUCCGAUCGUCUAUCUGAAGCCUUACAAUGCAACGGUAUUAUCUCGUUGAGUAUUCCGGAACCGCAGUACGGCUGGACCAAAUGCAGUUUCCACGGAGUGUCGGUAUACGCGACUAUUUUACGUCUUUACUCUCUGACCCAAGAGAUAAUGAAGAUGGAACAGGACAAUACGUACAAGGGAUGGUUAAAACCAUACAAUAUCAAAUACUCUUUCGCCAGUCCCAGUUAUGUCGAGCGUGCGGUCGCAGAUCUGGACAGACAUAAGAUGGAAAUAAUGUAUAUUGAAAAAGAGAUGCGUACAGCCAUGGAAGAUAUUUAUGACAAUUAUACGACAGAAGAGUGGCUUGAGACGUAUGUCGCACCUAUAAACGAAAAGCUCAAUCAGUUGUGGGACAUUAAGGAGAAACUUUUAGAGAGAAAUACGUGGCCAAGGAGACCUCUCACGAAAUCUGAUUUAUAGUAUAAAACGACAAUUUUUUAAAAUCAUUAGGCGAAGGUAUUCAUGUUCUUUGUGGUAUAAUAAGAGACUGAAAGUUUUAUUAAAAUAAUAAUGAGAGAAAGAACGCGAAUUUAAUUCGCGAGUAAUUGUGAAAAUUUUUUAGUAAUUUAUUUUCUAAAAAACGGCGUGGAUAAUCAGUGAAAUGUAAAAAUUUUGACAUUCGUAAUUUUACAUCUUGAGCAAUCAUUGUACAGAAUAUGUGAUAACGUGUAAUUUAAUAAGGGAAUAAUCAAAUCAUAAUUGCACCGUCCGUAUAAAUUAGUAAAUCUUGUUUAUCUUGACAUAAUUGUAUUAUUUAUGAUAGAACUAAUAAUAGAGAUAUUUCUUAUUUAGGUCACAAUUUUAGAAGAACUAUUUAUGUAUGAUUUAUACAUAUACAAUUAUAUGUAUAAUUAAUAAUCACAUUACAAUUAUUAUAUAUAUAAUUUAUAUGUAAAUAGAUAUUAUUUGUAGGUAUAUAUAAUCUUUCUUAUGCUCCGAAAAAUAUAUUAAAUGCGCUAUUAAUGUUCUAGAUAAUUUACGGAGAUAGGCGGUGUAUAGAAAUAGAAAUCUAUUGAUAAAUAUAUUAAACGAAACAUUACGAUUUUGCAACAUUAGGAUAAAUAAUUUAUUGACGUUUUAUUAAGAAUGCUAGAUCUCAAAUUAUUGUUUUUUAGAUUUUGAAAAUCAUAUUAUUAUAUACACAUACAUAUACAUAGCGUAUUCAUCUUUAUAUGACGAUGGAUUAGUCUUUCCAAACCUAUACGCACAGAAUGAUCUUCUUUCGUGUUAUGUCUUCUAACUAUAAACGAACAACACAGAGAUUCAUUUUGGAAUGUUUAUCGAAAAGGCAUUGAUAAUUUAAAUUAAUGUAUAUUAAUUCAAACACGUUAACGCAGCAUCUGCAGAGCUUUAUCAUAAGCGGAGAAUCGUGCCAUAAGCAGAUGAUUACAACGUUGAUUGCAAUGCUCCAAUUAAAUAAAUUUUUCAAGAAUAAAAAGAUUAGUGUACAUGUGUUUGAAUUGAAGACUUUUUAUGAAAAAGGCGGUUAAUGUGGGAAAAGAAUGUUUUCAAUUAACAAAUACAUGGCACUGUAAAAAAGAACUAAGUGCUAUUAUACUAAUAAUAAAUGUAGUUUAUAAAAUAUAGGGAUAUAUAAUACGAUUUAUCCUAGAAAUUAUUCGUGCAAUAUUUUUGAAAAUGAAUACAUUUUCUUUUAUUUUGAAAAGAGAGAACACAAGGAGUUUAUCUGAAAUUUUUAUUAUUUCUGUAAUAAAAUUUUUUUAUAUUGGGUCUUCAAUUACGUUGCGUCAGACUGCUUUUCGAUGAACAAAGCUUGUAGGAUAAUAUUUAGCAAAUCUUCCUAGUAAUUUUGAAUUCUUCUGUGAGCUACUAAUAUAUAAUAUAUAUUUUUGCAUUAUAUCAUGCGCUUUGUUAUUAUUAUUUUGUAAUAAUAAUUCUUACUAUUACAAAAUAAUUUUUUGUAAUAGUUGUUAUAUAAAUAAUAUAUUGCGCGUGUAACUAUUAUCACAAACUAACGAGAUGCGAUUAAUAAAAUCUGUUUUUCAGUCUACGAUA